GUGACAAAUGUCGACGCAGAAGUAUUCCGCCGCCUCUACAGACAAUUUUGGAAGAAAGACCACACAUCGAUUGGAACAGCUGGAAGUUCAUUUCCGAUAAAGUGCAAAGGAAUUAUAACGAUCUACCGGAUUUCGACCCAAGCAGGAAGGAUAUUCUGGAUCGAUUGGUGGUGGUGAAGCUCAAUGGGGGUCUCGGACAACGAUGGGUUGCGCAGGGCCGAAAUCGUUCAUCAAAGUCAAAGGACAGCUCUCAUUUCUUGACAUUGCUUCGUCAACAACAUGAAGAUUCAAUUCGGGGCAUAUUCUGUUCCACUAUUGCUAUGAACUCUUUACUACACGCGCCCAGCAAACAAGUUCAAAACUUGGCACUAGAGGCGAUGUGCGGACUUUCUGCCAGUCGCGAUGCCCUCGAAUCUACGCCGACACUCUUCUUCCUGUCGAGGAAGAUGGAUCUGAUCAAAGAAGUGAAGUUAAUAACCAGCAGUCGUGAUAUAAUGUUCGUGUCAAAUAUUGAUAACACCGGCGCUACCCUCGACCUGAAAAUCGCUCAGUUUCGCUUGU